CGCAUCUACAACACAUUUUACAGAAUUUUCUACGAUUUUCCUUGCUCUAUACGCAAUUUUCUUUUCUCUCUUUAUCACUGAAAUAAAUCAAUUAUUUUUCUGGUAAAAAAACAAAGAAACGCUACAAAAAAAAUCGUGAAGAAAAUUAAUAUUUUCUAAAUUUUCAAUUUAGCGAUAAAUGGGAUUGAGAAUAAACCAUCGAUUGACAAACGGAGAAUUUCUGAAAUGAAAUCGAGCAGAAAAAAUCUGGUUAGUCACGAAGUCGAAGUGGUGCCGAGAGCUCCAAUUAAAGUAGAGGAAGAUGAAGGUGACGAUUCGUAUAUGUUCACGGAACCGGUUUUGACUUCGGCUACUCCCCGUUUAAUUCUCAAGUCACCGGCAUACGUUGAGCCAAUGUAUUACAGUUGGCCACUCCAAACUGGACCCGAUGAUAGCGUUGAAAUUCUGGACGUAAUCCGAUGGGUAUGCAAAGAUAUUCCGUACAUUGAGGCAGAACUCAAAACCAUCGAUCUGAAUGAAGUGGACACAACAUGUUACAAUAGUAUGCGCCACGUUUGCGAUUCUUACAAUAAAGCGAUCGACACUAUGGCUAAUAUUGAAAAGAGAGUUAGAGAGUUGACUGCGAAACGUUUGAAUGAUUUCGCCUCUCGCGAUUUGUUGCGCUACAUACUUCAAUUGGUCUAUUAUACAGCCGUUCCAGAGCCGAAUAAACUGAACAAAUAUGAAUCAUUUUCGCCUGGAGUCUAUGGCGAAACAUCAUUCGAAGUUGUAUGCCAGAUGAUCGAUCUAAUUGAAGCAUCGCCGGAAGACGUGUUCAUUGACUUGGGUUCCGGUGUGGGUCAGGUGGUUCUUCAAAUGUCGGCCGCUCUCCCAUUGAAAUCAUGUUUAGGCAUUGAACGAGCCGACGUACCAUCAAAAUAUGCCGUCGAAAUGGACUUUACUUUUCGCCGUUGGAUGCGAUGGUUUGGUAAAAAGUUGAACGAUUUUCAGUUAAUCAAAGGUGAUUUUUUGGCCGAUGAACAUCGUGAUAAAAUUACCACCGCCACUAUUGUGUUCGUGAAUAAUUUUGCAUUCGGUGCAAAAGUUGAUCAUGACCUAAAGGAACGUUUUGGUGACUUGAGUGAUGGCACAAAAAUUUUUUCAUCGAAAAACUUCUGCAAACUCAAUUUUCGAUUGAAUGAAAGAAAUCUAAGUGACAUUGGUGCCAUAAUGAAUGUGAAAAAGUUGCCAUCGUUACGCGAGUCGGUGUCAUGGACUGAUAAGCCGGUUUCGUACUAUUUGCACAUCAUCGAUCGCACCAAGUUGAACAGAUUUUUUGAACAAAAGAAUGACCAGAAUGCUGACGAAAACGACAGCCACAUUCGGAACAAUAGAAACAUUAAUGGAAACACCAACAACCAAGUGGUGACAAGUGAAGACAUCAAUGUCAGUACGGGUAGCAUCAAGCGAAAUCCUCGAAAUUGUUCGCGUAAUCUAAAAUACAAUGUUUCUGCCGACGAAGAGGAUCAGGAACAAAUACAACAUGAUUUGAAGAAACGCAAGAGGAUGUCGAACAAAUCGGCACUCACAGAUCGCACAAACUCGACAUCAGGCACGUCCAAUGCGAAGACACUAACCAUAUCCAAUGCGGUGACAACAAGCAUAUCCAAUACGAUGACACUAAGCCCAUCUAAUACAGAGACACCAAGCCCAUCCAACACGGCGACACCACCCAAAAAAAUUGGUGAAAGUUCCAAAUUAGCGGGACGAAAAGCUUUUGCACCAGCACAUGAUUUUACACCAUCUCCGGUGAAACGUGUCAAAACAUCAUCGGUAUGUCCAAAUCCGUUGGCUUUGGCAUUGAAUGUGGCAAACGACCAUGAACUAAACGUAGAUUGGUUAAUUGCAAGCGAACAAUCAGCAAAGAAACAUUUGAAUGAUGCUAUGCAAAAUAUAACAAAUUUCAAUGCAAGAAGUUUCGAAAUGAUUAUUAAACUAAAUCAGAAAUUGAAUGCUGCGAUGAAACGAAUCGACAUACUCGAACAACAAAAGGAAAUUCAACAGCUCCAGAUUGCCGAUCUUCAACACGAAUUGGACGAAAAAAGCGGAAAAGCAGCUUGUUUGGAAUGCGGAAAUAUCAUAAAUAUGAUGACAUAUUGCAAUCCAGAGUGUCAUGAGAAGCAAAUCAUCAAGCGCUUGGGACAAAUGCUGAAUAAAAAUGGACUUUAAAUGAUUUUUGUCAAUUUCUUCGAUGUGCCUUGUCGCGCCACGUAAUACCGCAUUUUGCUUCAUACUCCUCAACCCAUGAUACCAGCAAUGGAGGUCAAAACUUUCAAAUUUUUAAAAUAAAAAAUCGCAAAAUUCCCGAUGUUUUGAAAUAUCCAUUAUAAAUCAUAUUCUUUAUUUUUCUAAAAUAAUCAUCAUUGACCUAAUGUAAAAAACAUAAUUUUUCCAUUUAAAUUCACAUAAAAAUUUAAAUUUGCCUUAAAUUUAUGCUAAUAGAUCUGUAAUUUUCAAUUUUUCACAAUUCCAAAUAACUAUAAAAAACCAGAGUCCUCAUAAGGAUAUGUGGGACCUGCUCAAUAGUUAUUUACUCUUUCACCCAAUUUUUUGUUUCAAGACAUCUAAUUCUUUCUGAAAACGUGCACCGUGCAAUUGAAAUAACAACCGGAACGUGUGUAAUCAUUGCAAAUAUUUUUUAUCAUUCGAUUUGCUUUGACUCAAACGCUG